GCGCAGGCACCCAUAGCCCCCACCCACUCUGCACGCCCGUGGUGUUUAACUCCGCCCACUCCCUUUUUAAAACCUGCAAUGUCACCGAAAGGCGCUCAGAGAACUUGAUCUUGACCACUUGAAUUCAACAGCAGCAGCACCUGAGUCGCACUCAGAGAAGCCUGGACAGUUCAACCAGUCAUCAACUUCUAUUUUUGUUAUUUUUUUGCACUUCAUCCCACUUUUUUUUCCUUUUUGGGGGAUAUAAAAGUCAGUUAACCGGUGCAGUGUCAGCCAACCCACCUUCACUCUGCUGCCGACUCACCAGAGCGGGUGAAGCGGCAACCUUGGCCCCGGAGAUGCGCUCCCCUCUCCCGCUUACGGUUUAUUGCAUCAGCUUGGUGUGCUUCCAAUUGCUGUUGGCGGAGGAGUUCUUCAGCUUGGACCAUCUCAACAAGCUAAUCGACUCCGAAGAGAAUCCAUCAUUGGUUCCUGGAGCCCAAACCAACACCGCCAGUCCGUCGGUGAAAUGGGCCCUCAGACACCAACAGCCCUCUAAGGCGAAAAGAAGCAACCCCAGUCUGGCGUGGGCCAGACCUGCAGAUCGUUUCGGGGUUCCUGCGAUGUCGCUGAGGGCCCGCCGCCACGCCCACCCCGGCUUCCGGGGUACCCACCAAUACCCGCACCAUGUCCAGCUGAUGCGAGUGGGAUGUGUACUGGGAACCUGCCAAGUACAAAACCUCAGUCACCGGCUUUACCAGCUUAUCGGCCAGAGUGGCAGAGAAGACUCGUCGCCUAUUAAUCCCAGAAGCCCCCAUAGUUAUGGAUGAGUGAUCCGCCACCCCCCAAAAUCAUAUAUUUGGUAUUUAUCUGUUAAUGUAUUUAUCUACAAUACACGUCACCUGGAUCACUGCUGUGCCUCUUUACUUUUCAGGCUAAUUGUUCAGUUUAGUAUCACACAGCUCGAGUGACCCACCACCCUGACAAUGUUUGCCUUUUUUUCAUUGACGGACAACCUAAGCAACCUCAGUCUUAAUCCUGUUAAUGUCAGGACAAAAAAAGCUUGUCUUCAGCUCUGGACUGUGCCUCGCUGAUCACACCCCCGAAUUCUUGAUUCAGCCUUGACGAUGCAUUCAAUGCCAGAGUUACGUCGGAUCACAUUUGGACACAUUUUAAGAUAUAACAAAGAGCAUUCGGUAGAUCUCGGCCAAGGCAGGGUUGUAGCAGAUCAAUCCAGGGAACACUUUUUUUUCCAAGAAUGUGGACUUGUAAUAAAAUGAAAACUAAAACAAGGUGGGAAAAGCAGUUUGAACAUUUAUUAGAUUUCCUCAAUAUCCAGCUUAGCGUCCGUGUCCUAAUAUGCCCUUUGAGUAAGUCAGUACACAUGAGUAGAACAACCGUGUCUUUUUAGUAAUAUUGUCUUUUUCCCACUGCUAGAGCCUCACUAAUAGAAUUAGUAAAGUACUAAUGGGCAUUUUGGUGCUGCUAGUAGGGUCCAGAGGUUUCUAGUUGGGCCCAGCAGUGUUACUAGUGCUGCACAGUAGCUUAUUAGUCAGCUUGAAUUGUUUGUAGGUCAUAAAGUGGCACGAAUAGUGAAAAGAAACAGGAUGCUGAAACGAAUUUCGUUGACGUUGUAAAUUGAAGUGACAGUGGAUGGUAUGCCCCGCCAGUGACCUAGAGGGCGGCAGUGAGCAUUGGAAGAGAGUUGGACGACAACAGAAACAGUGCGCAAACAGGAAAAAAAAUGAAUCGGGAAAUUCAAUAAAAGACAAUAAAAAAGCAAUAACUCGAUUAGAAUUGCCUGAAUAAUUCCGGUUCAAGCGACGCUCUGGUUCGUCAAAACAAAGCGAGCUAAAAAUGGCUGCAAAUGAACGUAUGGCACAAGUCCUAAUAUCGCCCGGUGUUCACCCUCGAGUCAAUUAUGCAUUCACAGUGUAAUGAUCCGUACGGAGUACAGCGCGUUAGUCUGCUGCAUGUGAUUCCUAAAUUCUCCUCACAAAUCGAGACUUUUGUUAUUGACAGCAGUUUAUUAAGUCUGACCUAAUCUUUGCAGUCACACGCGGCAACAGCAGGAAAGGAUUUGUUUGCAAUUGCCGACACUUGGGAAAACACAUAGCAGCAGAGAAUGGGCCUGCCACGCACGUUCACGUGAGGUUUCAAAUUGAAAUAUAAUGUUUGACAAAUUACCUGGCAAUACUUGACAAAGGGAGGGAUUUGCUGUACAGUAUGUGUUUUUUUCAUAUUCUUUAUAUCGCCUCUUUCAGUGGUAGAUGAGAAGGAAAAUUGAGUUAUAUUAUGAGUGAAAAGAAAAGAAAAAGUAGACUAUUGAGAGAUAAGCACUGAAGUUGCAAUGAGAAGUUCCCAGUAUCAGAAAAAAAGCCAGAAAAGUUUUCAAAACUUUUUUUUUCUUAUGUUAAACUUUUGCGUUCGUUGGUGUGGGGAUUUCGACUCUGUUGACGUGUAAAAAUGAUAACUUUAUAUUGCCGCGACAUUAUUUUCUUUUCAUCACAUCUCAGUUCGUCACCGUUCUGACUUUUUCACCCCAAAAAUAUGGCGAUAAUCUUAGAAAAUAAUAAAGUCUAAAUAUUACGGUAAAAAAGUCACUUAAAAAAAAACAUCUCAAACCGUUGCGUUUGAAGUUAUAGGAAUUUCCACUCUCGAUUUACAACCAUACUAUUCUCAUAACAUUAUGACUUAUCAUCAGUACAUCCCCCCCCCCCCUGAUAAUAUUCCAACUUUUUUGGACAUUGUAUUUUUUCCCCUUUUUAGUAUGGCCCUAAUAUCCCUUUGUGUUUUCCCAAACUUUUUAAUCUGCAUCUGUUUCCCAAGGUUGUCUUUGGCACCAUGAGGACACAGGGUAAUACUGACUGACCGGUUCACAAGUUCUCAGUCUAAUCUGUUCAAAGGCUUGCCAAAGCGAAACACGCCACGCUGUCUGCGGUAAUUGCGCUAAUCGAUGUCUCAUGAUAGAUUUGUCAUUAAAAUGGCUUUUGAAAUUCCGACAAUACUUUGAUGAAUCUCUGGAAACUGUUGCGCACUGCGUGUACACGUGCGUAUGUGUGUGUGAGUUAUCGCUUACUGUAUAUUUGAAGAGCGUCACAGUUCAUUGUGAGAAGAUUUAUUGUGUUUUUUUUUUGGUCACUUUUGUGACAUCAUCGACUGCGUCACGUCUGGUGUACGCCCGCAAGUAGCCCCCCAUCCACACUUUUCAUAGGGCUCUCUUUUGCGAAGGCACAAAGAAAGCAUCUGGGUCGUGAACGCUAUUAUCGCAAAUGUAGUUCCAUUUUGUAAGUGUCACAUUUGAAAUUUUUCAAACACGUCAGUGCACUCCCAGUGGCGUUGGGGUCAACUGUGAACGCUGUGUGUAAAUAGACGCCUUCAGAUGAGCUAUUUAAAUAAAAAUUGUUGUAUUUAAGUUAUAUUUAUGUGUUCAGAAGUGUAUGUCGCCAAAGACUUUUGUUUUUGUGUAUUCUUGUUUCCUUCUUAAAAACCUGACACCAUGGUAGAAAUGUACAAAUGUUCAUGUUCUUCACUAUGGUAUGCAAAAUAAAGAGCUAUACUCUACUGCA